UCCAGUGCGCAUGUGCGAGAGUUUCUCAGCUCCAGACACGAGCCGGGUUUGUUGUUGUUGUUGUUGUUGUUGUUGUGAUUGGCGGACGGUCUCAGCAGCUGCACACUCACCUGGCGGACAGGUGCGACCGGAACCAGGAAUAAGAAAUACUCUGCAGGUCAAAGGUCGGCUCCUCCCCCAACAGUGAUGGCUCUGAUCUCUUUGGAAGACCUCGACGGAUUGGACGACGAGCAGCUGGACGAUGACAUCACAGACAACCCCGAACCAAUGGAUGGAGAUGACCGACUGCUGACACACUGGCAGGCGGUCGCCAGUACCCACCAGGUGUCGGUUCCUCCAGAGAUGACCGGACCCAUACAGGAAAUGACACGCAACAGCCAGCAGAGGGAGCCCCUCCCCUUCGUCCCCGUGUCCUGCCAUGAGAAGAUGGGCGAGGUUCUGUACGAGGAGCGGGUCUACCCGGCAGGGAACUGGGCCUGCGUGACCCGACGAGAAGACCUGUACGAGCAGAGCAUCUCCAUGGGCUUCAUGAAGCUGAUGCGCUUUAUCUGCAAAGAGAAUUCUGCAGGCAGGUACCUGGGGAUGACAGUGCCAGUGAUAAGUAACAUCCACAUGAUGGAGGACGGUGUGACGUUUCAGAAAGACGUGGAGACAGCGUUCUUCCUGCCCGCCGACUACCAGGCCAACCCCCCCCAACCCUUUGACAGUGACAUCACCAUCGUCCACAGAGAGCCAAUCAGAGUCAUCUCCAGGGUGUUCUUCGGGACGACCACGGAGGAGACGGUCGGCCGUCAGAUCGGCCUGCUGUGGGAGAUCCUCGGGGUCACAGACGAAGUCAGCAGCCGCGACUACAUGGUUGCCGUGUACGAGAACCCCAGCGUGCCCCGCCGCAGGAAUGAGAUCUGGUUCAUCAGACGCAACCUGUAGACGCCUUCCCAUCAUCCUCUGCUCCAGCACCACCUCCUCCUCCUCCUCCUGUGAUUGGUUGCUUUGUUGUUUGCAUAGUGACACUAAGCCCCGCCCCUCCUCACUGACUGUCCUCCCAUUGGUUCACACUGCCCGUGUCAUAGCAACAGCAAAUACAUCACUUUAUUUUGUCAAGCUUCCGUCUUGAUUGGCUGUAAUCUGACCAAUCGGACGUUCUCCGCAGACCAGGUUUUCCCGCACUUUCCAAUGCAGGUCAUGAGUUCACGGUCCGAUCGAUAACACUGUAAACGUAAUCACUUGAUACCUUCUCCAAACCUGCGCAAGUACAUCCAGCUGCAGCCCGCACACCUGACGCAAGUCACCUGACGCAAGUUGAACUUCCAAAUCUGGUUUGUCCCAGAAGCCACCGCGCACAAAACGUGAUGACGUUAAUCUCGGCUCACGUACAGGAUAGAUCCUGAUGCAGACCGUUUUCUUUAGAGGCCAGCAACAGAACUUUAAUACACUUCUGAGAAGUUUUGAGACGAGAAAUCAACUGUGUAGAUUUCGAAUAUCGGCAGUUUUACGAAAAUUGGCGGCGAAAGUUCAGAAGCUCCGCAAGUGCCGACGGGUGUUAUACAGCUGCAGUAACGCUAGCGGAGGCUGCGCAGCAACAGGUGGUGAGGGUUAGGGUGAGGAAAAUACUCGGGGGGGCUGUCAGGAAUAGUUAGCCAGCUAGCUCCGGUUAGCUCCCCCAGGUCCAGUCGCACAGACCACUGCAGCAAAGACGAGUCCAGCAACCGCUGGACGAUACUGUUAAUGUUCAAACCGCUAAUCUGUCAUUAACGUCUCAGUAAUGUUGUAAAGUUUUAACCUAAAUCGAGACACAACUGGCUCGUGAUGUAACGCUACACAAUAUUCUUGGUCUUUGAAACUUACAGUGGUAUUAAUUGAAACAUUGCUCUAUUAUUAUUUGGCUAUUAUAAAUAAAAAUGUGCAGGAAUUAUAGUAUAAAUAUACUAUAUUAAUAUAUAACUAUCGUAUAGUAAAUAUUAACACAUAACGUACACCGAUUACUACGUUGACACAUUUUUUAACAGCUCUUUUUUAAUUUAACGGCUCUGCGUGGGCCGAGCGGUCGAGGUAAACGCCAUCACGUUUUGUGCGCGAUGGCUUCUGGGACAAACCAUAUAUGGAAGUUGAACUUCAGUCACGUCCGUCUGCGGCUGCAGCUGGAUUCUUCCCGACCUGCGAGUGAGACAGGAAACUAACUGUAAAUAAAGAUGGCCGCCGCAUCUCCAUUUCCUCCCACUUUACAAAAUAAAGCCAAAAUAUCCUGUCGCCGCCAUCUUGUGCUGGUGACGUCAUCUGGUGCCAGAGCCCGCUCUGUAGUGAGGGGAGGGGGGGGGGGGCAACUACUUUUAAUAUCUGAAAACUGAGUAAAAACAAGACGCAGCUUUUAAAAGGUGACCUCAUCAUUAAGAGACAAACUAUCCGAACCACACAGGGAGGGAACGUUAAAUCAGGAGGAACGUCCUCUUUCACAUCACCGUCCUCCCGCCAGGUGGCAGCAGAACCUGACCAGGAACAGCUGCACAGCGUGACGCAGUCUGCCCGACAGGAAGUCACUUGUAAAGGUUUCAGAGUAAAACAACGAAGCUGCAGUCCGACAGGAAGUGACUUGUAAAGGUUUCAGAGUAAAAGGAUGGUGGUGGAUUAAAUAUUUAAAUUGUUUAAGAGUCUGUGGGUUUUGUUGUGAACUGGCGGUUACGCGGUUUCCCUCCUGUCUUUGUGAUUUGAUGUGAAAUCAGUUUAAAAUCAAUCAGCUCUGUGA